AUGAACCGUCACCAGUCAAUCGCCCGUCUCUUCCGAAAGAGUUAUGGCCCAUUCAAACAGCAAGUGCGAUGGUUGAGCCUCCUUGAGCAUCAUUCUCAUAAACUUCUGAACGACUUUCAUAUUCCAGUGCCUCGUGGCUUUGUAGUGACAAGUCCAGAAGGAGCCAAGGAUGUGGUAUUUGCAAUCAGUGCGCCAUCGGUUCUUAAGUCUCAAAUCCUUGCCGGCGGGCGUGGUAAGGGAAAGCUCAGCAGCGACGGUAAAGGAGGAAUUCGCUUUGUAAAGUCGCCUAGCGAGGCCUUUGAAAAUGCCACCAAGAUGCUUGGCUAUUUCCUAACCACGAAGCAAACUCCACCUGAGGGCCUUGUCGUAAACAAAUUGUACAUCUACAAAGCCGUGGACAUUGCACAAGAGUUCUACAUUGCCAUGACAUUUGACCGUGAGUGGCCCGGACCCGUCCUUCUUAUGUCCGACGAUGGUGGGGUCAACAUCGAGUCCAAUGUGGAUAAACUGCACCGUUUCUGGUUCCAGCUCUCUACGGGAAUCACCGCUGAAAUCAUUGCCGAAAUCCAACAAAAAUUGGGCUUUAACGUAACCGAAAUAGCAGAGAUAGCACGCAUCCUCUGCCAGAUGGCCAAGCUUUUUCAGGAGAAGGACGCUAUUCUUCUUGAACUAAACCCGCUUGUGCGCACACCGGAAGGAAAAUUUGUCUGCCUCGAUGCAAAGUUCAAUUUCGAUGAUGCCGCUAGGUUCCGGCAGCCGGAGAUUUUUAGCCUCGAAGAGCGUUCGCCAGAAGCGGAGGAUGAAUAUCAGGCUUCUAUUCUGGGUCUUUCCUAUGUUCGUCUGGAUGGAAAUAUUGGGAAUGUUGUCAACGGAGCCGGUCUCGCAAUGGCUACAAACGACUUGAUAAGCCAAUAUGGAGGGAGGAGUGCUAACUUCCUAGACGUUGGUGGACGGGCAAACAAGGAGACACUGUUGAAGGCUUUUGAGAUUCUUAAUCAGGAUUCACGCAUAAAGGGGAUUCUCAUCAAUAUUUAUGGUGGGAUUGUUCGCUGUGAUAUGAUUGCAGAGUCUGUUAUUGCUGCAGCUGCUGAGAUGGGAGGAUUCAGGGUUCCAGUCGUGGCUCGUUUACAGGGCACAAACUGUAACCAAGGCUUGGAAUUGCUUGCAAGCUCGGGCCUACAUAAUCUACUCGUGGACGCAGAUUUCGAGGGGGCUGCUCGUCGGAUUGUCAAGCUCACGGCCGGUUCUAUCUGA